AUAGGUAUGAAUCACGUAGUUUAUCAAUUAGAAGUUUUGAGCUUUCAACUCCCGGAAGUGACGUAAUCGUUGAACUAGUAGUAUGUGCACGCAGCCAAUAUUACCCCUGUAGUAGCGUUCCGUUAUCUUGAUCCUAUCGAAGGAUCCAGUGUUGUCUUUCGAAUAUUUAGUAUUUAUUCAGAUACAACUUCAGACUUGCACAAUUGUUAAUAUUUUACGUUUCACAACAUAAUCUUUUUUACUCUUGAAAUAAUCAGAAAUAUAUCGAUGGUGAUAAGCGUGAUUGGAUUGGCACUGCCUUCCUCUUUGAAGAUUUGAUAUAAGAAAUCACAAAUGCUAAUAUGAAGUAGACACUUCUCAAUAUAAUUUAUUCUGUCAAUUUAUCACUUGAAUUCUUCAUCAAAUUCAAGAUUACAUUAUAAUGUUAAAAAAAUACUAAAAAUCUAGCAUUGAAAUUGGAUAAAGAAGAUAUUUUAUAUUAUACUGAGCUUAAAAAAUCCAAAUAGUUUAUAUAAAGUCAAGAGCUAGAUAUUCUUUAUUACAGACACUUGAAAUGCUUUUACUUAAUUUAAGCCACUAUGUUAAAAAAACAGAUUCAAGUACUGAAGAUACUGAAGAUGAAGAAGGAAAAGUCAAAGCAUUAGAUCCUUUUACUGAAGUUGAUGCGUAUAAAGUAAAUGCAAGUGGACGUGAUAUUUUGGAUUAUGCAAGUUCCUCUGAUAGUGAUGUUGAACCUACAACAGUGAAUGAUACUUUAAGAGGAAGUUAUCUUGAUGAUAGUGAUAAUGAAAGUUUAUACAGUGCACAAGAAGAUCCUUUAAAUAUUAAUUUUUUAAGGCAUGCUGGAAUUUUUACUGCUGAGGAGGUGAUCUACAUUGCACGAGAAAAAUUAAUUAGAUUACAAUCACUUUAUAUAGAUCAAUUUAGAAGAUUACAAUAUAUAUUAAGAGAAAAAAGAAGAAAAUAUUUACAUGCACUUAAAAAGGAAAAGGAAACAUUAUGUAGUAUAUAUGAUCAACCGAAAGAAACUGCAAAGGAAAAAAAAAUUUAUGAAAAAUUGAAAGCCUUAAAUCGUUAUCAUAGACGUAGUGGAGUUGAAGCUAUACUAUAUAGAAAAUCUUUAGAACGUAGAGCACAGGCAACUGUAGGUCCUACACAAAAAAUACCAAGUAUAUCAAAAUGUAUUUUUACAGAAGGUGGAGUAAAAUGUGGAGAAAAAACUCUUCCUGCUGCAAAACAUUGUCGCAAACAUAUUCUUAAAGAUCAACAUCAAGUUUUGUUUAAAGCAUGUGGUGCAAUUCGAGCAGAUAUAGAAUGUCAUGAGCCAGUACCAGUGAUUUUUGAUACAAAUUGUGUAUUUCAUAUGAAUUUACCAUCUGAAUGUAAAUUGGAAACUAUGAAAUUUAAAGAAUCGAAACCUGAAACACAGGAAAUAUCAACAAUAGAUAAUCAAUCUAUAGAAAUUGAUGUAGUAGGUGAAAUUCAAGAAAUUGAUCCAGAUGAUGACAUGGCAGGAUUAAUGAGAGAGAUGAGUGAUGCUGCACAUAUGAAACCAGUAUUUAAUGAAAGUUUAAAUAGUGAGGCUAGCACAGAUACAGCGUUUAGUUUAUCAGCUCAGAUGAGUGAUAAAGAUGAUCUUGUCUCUGUUUGAUAAAUUAAUUUGUUUGUUACAAUAUAAUUAUUCUAAUAUUUGUAUAAAACUGCAAAAUUUAAUAUUUAAAUAA